AUGGCUGACGCAACCCUUGUACUUCCUAUCAGGCAGAUUUCUGAGGCCCCCGUGGCGGUGGUCAGCGCUACCUCGGCAGCGAGCCGCUCGUGCGUUGCGGAAGCCGUUCCCCAGGCACUCCCAAUGGACGUCGGAACCUGGAUGUGUCUGGCUGAUGGCACGUUUGUCGGCUAUGUCUCCUCAGUACUCGGACCGGUCAAGCAAGCCUUCUACGUCGUCAAGUCGACUCGUGAUGACUUUCACGAGCUCGUAGGUGAUCACCGUCUCGCAGAGGGGGUCGCGCUCCACUAUGAUCUCCACCAUCAACAAAUCAUGUACGACCCGUUUGAACAGUGCGAUGCCGCCAAAGGCACUGAUGCCAGCUACAUCAACGACGAGGAACUUCCCGAGUACGUCCGUCCCGACUUUUCGGACGACGAGAAGGAGAUGCAGUGGAAGCGGCAAAAGCGGCGCCGCGGUGACGACAACGAAAGCAUCAGCUCCGACGAGGUGCAGGAGGAGAUCGAGUGGUCCAAAUUGCAGCUCGAUGAUGAUGCCGUGCCGUGUGAAGGUCCACAUGUGGUGGUUCCACAGUGGAUUCAAAGUGCACCACAAUGA